GUGGUAACAGGAAGAGUCUGUCGGGAGAGCGAGGCCCAGUGAGUUGGUAGAAUAGAGGAAGACGAUACGGAUUUUCAACCACACACAGACACUACGACACGCAAAUUGACACGCGCACAUGUACAAGCCAACGGAACUCUCGACAUAACUUUAGUUUUUGAAAUAUCGUCGCACUUGUUUUUCCCUUGAAUAUACACAUACACACACACUGACUGAUAAUAUAACGUGACUGAGCCUAAGGAUUACACUCAUCAUCGAAAGAUGAGAGCACCUGUGGACCGCUAGCAAGACUUCAAGUAAGUGUCAAACGGUCAAAAAAAUGCAUCGCUGCCAUCCCUCCCACUUCAAACGGAUUGAACGUCUUUGGCCGUCAGUGGCAGCCAAUGAGGUGUGCGUACCUUGACCACCUGGCGGCAAUACAAUACAAAAGGCAUAAACGUAAUGGAGCCAGUCUCAACUCAUCAUAGAAGAUAAAGAAUAUAUGCCUACAUCGAGCGUAUGACGUGGCACUCGCGAGGUUUCCGCCCCAUCGCCAUGUUGGAAGCAGGAAGUUCGGUGUCAGAACUCCGGGAAACAUAAACAGUGAGGCAUUUCGACUCAGGUCGCUCUUUAAAAAUGAUUGGAAAUUAUUGUUCGGUAAAGAAUUGCAACAACCGAUCGAAUAGAAAGGAGAAUGUACAGCUCGACGGAACCCUUUCGCUGCUCAGCCUUCGCCGCGUACAGACGCACUCUGAAGCACUCUCUUAUCUUAACCGAUAAGCGCUCAGGGCCAGCAAGCUCGACUCCCAGUAUGGCGCCAAAGAAUUUGAAACCUGGAGACUUGGAUGAAAUAAAAUCCUCCAUACUGAAGUUGGAGGUCUCCUUGACUGGCUUGAUUCAAAACCAGAAUCAAGAAAUCGUCAGAGAGCUCCAUUUAAUUCGCGCUGAAAAGGAGAAACUCAAGCAGGCGGUCGAGGAGAGAGAUGUUCGCAUCAAGAAGCUGGAAAUUUUGGCUGACGAUCUCGACCAGUGCCGACGCGCAAAUGAGCUCAUCAUUUCUGGAUUACAACUGACGCCUGGCCCAGGGGACACAGUGGCGCAACUGGCAAUUGCUAAGCUGAAAGAGUUUGGAAUAAACAUGGAACCGCUGGACAUCCGUUGCUGCCUUCUGCUCCCAUCUGGGGGGAGAGGACCGGCGACAGUGCUCAUGAAGCUGGCAGACCACAAGACCAAGACUGCCCUGCUUAACCAGCACCGCCACCUGAAAGGGUCGAAGAUUUUUUUGAAUGACAACUUGACUCGCCGAAAUGCUGAAAUUGCAAGAAAAGCACGUCAACUCAAGAAAGCUGGGAAAAUAGCCAACACCUGCGUCUCGGAUUGCAGGAUCCUUGUCAAGACGCAAGAUAUGAAGAUUAAAGCUAUUACGAGUCUUGACCAAUUGACUACAAUAGCUGGAUAACUGUAAAUACUACACAGCUGACCAGUAAAACAACUCGUGGAUGUGGACGGUAAGCUGAAACUUAUCAACGGCAGGAGUUACAAGAAUCUUGAACACAUUAAGGAUUAUCUACUAAAGACAACAAAGGCUCUGACUUUAAUUUGCACGGAUAUAACAUGACACAAAAG